AUGGCAGCCAAAAAGUCCAAAUCCAAGAAAUCAUCCAUCACGAAAAAAACUCCUCCUCCGCCAUGUAGACAACAUGAGUGGCCGUUGUCCGUCCUCCCCCCGACUAAUGGCCCCGGCCAUCCCCGAGCAUUCUGGCAAUGGUCCGGGGUCAUCAAACGCAUCUCCGCUCCCGCCACCACCAAAUCAUGGCUACCACCACCACCAACAACACGAUGCGACGCCCGUCAUAAUCAACCGCCCCAGCUCCGCCACAUCGCCAACGGUCCAUGCCAUAACAACCCUACUCCUCAUCCACGAUAUCGCUACCUCCACGAUUCCACCUCCAUCGUCAAAGCCGCCUCGAUCAUCCCAGAAACUUCGUAUUGGUGCGUUCUCAGACACGCCCCGAUGGCCCCUGAGCCCCACACCGAUAUCCUCGGCCCCAACCUGCGACUGUGGUUCAUUGACCCCCCAAACUGUCCUAGAUCGGGCCUCAUGGUGAGGUACGAAGCCUCAAGCAACACCGACCGUGACUACGUGUUAUGGAAUAAAGCCGCUGAGGUCUGGCACGAGUGUGUGACGCCCGACCCGUUCGACCCGAAGAAGAAUCCGAUGGAAUUCACGAGCAUGAUUAGGCUUCAAGGCACCUACUACGUGAUGACCCUGCAGGGAGCGCUUGCGGUGAUGCGGGUGGCCAACACGCGCCUCGCGAUCACGACGGUGGCGGCAGGCAGAGGCGUUCCGAGAUCGAAAUGUAGGUUUUUUAAGGAGUAUUUGUGUGAGAUGAAAGGGGAGAUCUUGUUGGUUUUCUUGAUUCACAGGGAAUCUCUUGCGAUUGUGGAUGAUGUUGAGAUUUUGAGACUCGAUUUGGUGAGGAUGGAUUGGGUUAAGGUUGAGAGGCUGCCGGGGAAGACGAUGUUCUUGAAGGAGGAGUGUAUUGGUGUAGAUUCCGAAGAGUUUGGGUGCAGGGAUGAUCGUGUUUAUUUCACGGAGGGAACGGAGAAGAUGUGGAAGGUGUUUAAUAUGAAAACUUGUUCCAUUUCAUCUGUUCCAAUCGGUUGGAGUUGGAUACCCAAAUGUUAUUGUUAUUAA